GAGAAACGUCAAAUUUGAAUGUUGGCAAAUGUAUCAGGAAAGGAGAUUUCAAUAUUUUCGUUAAAUGUUUUAAAAUAAUAGAGUUUAUUUGUGGUUCUACAGCUACCAAGCUCUAUAUCUAUCAAGAUUGUUAUCUGUUGCCCUUAGUGCCAAAAUGAUUUUGAAUUAUGUGAAGUCAAGAUAUUUCCAUGUACUUCAGCUCAGUGGAUUUCUUUUCCAAUACUUCAAAUCAUAUAAUUCAGUGAAAUUGAUUCCACAAAAUCUUGGAAUUCUUCGGAUUACGCAAAGUUUCUCCACAGUGGGAUUUAAUGAAAAAGUGUGCUGGAAAUGUGGAGCUGAACGAAAAAUUGCCGAAUUAUUCUGUGAUAAAUGUCAUGUAAUACAGAAUCCAUCUGAGAAAGAAAACUAUUUUAAAUUGUUUCAAAUAGAAGAGCAAUUUAGCAUAGAUGAAAAAUUAUUGAGGGAUAAGUUUAGAAAAAUUCAGAGUGUCAUACAUCCCGAUAAAUUCAGUAACACAACUCAUGAGGAACAAACUAUUUCAGAAGAAUAUUCAUCUUUAAUCAACAAAGCUCACAGUAAUCUACAGUCUCCUUUGAAAAGGGCAGAGCACUUGCUUCAACUGAAAGGACAAACUAUAAGUGAGGGACAAACCGUGGACAAUCCUGAGUUCCUGUUAGAAGUUAUGUCUCUUAAUGAAGAGGUUGAAGAGGCAGAAGGUGAUAUCAACAAAAUGAAAGAGCUCAACGAAAAAAGCAAAAUGAGGAUUGAAAACAUUUUACAAAGAAUUGAUGAUUGUUUCAAAAAUAAUGACAUUGAAACUGCAAAAAAUAAUAUAAUCACAUUGAAAUAUUACUGCAGUAUUAGCAACAGAAUAAAUGGAUCCUUGAGAGAGUUGGGAGUAUCCGAGUAAAUUUUUAGGAUUAAAAAAAGUGAGAGAUAUGUUUUACAUUUCACUACAAUUUUAUUGUAUAUCAUUUGUACAGGUCAACAAGUUUUACUCAAUGAAUAAAAUGUUUUGCACAGAAUUCUAUUCGUGAAAAUAUUUCUUCACAGUAAUUUCUGACAGACGCCUAAAAAUGUUAUGGUAUAACGAAACACGUGUUGCGUUGUUGAAAAUUUUCAAAUGGAAAUCUCACAUUGAAGUAUGUAUUUCGAAUAAGAACUAUUUCUAUAGUUGUUCCUAUGAUGAAACUACAAAAUAUUCAAGGAACACCUUCAUUAACUGAAAUGUGCAUAUUCAAUGCUUCAUUUUACAAUUUGAAAUACCUGAACAUCAAGUACCUGAUUUUAACCUACCCAAAUGAUGUUAAAAAUAUGUACCUGAGCUUGGAAAAAAAAUCAAUUAUCAUUAACAUAAAAAAAAAGUGUAAACUCAUUUAAAUAAACAUGUGAUAAAUGAAA